AUGGCAGAGAAAGCAAACCAAAUUUUGCUAAAACUUACUACGUUUAAAGCGAUUCUAGGAUCUCUUUGUAGAGAGAAAAAAAUGGCUGCCUCAAAAUCCAACUUUCAUGUUCGCUCAAACAGUUUGCCGUCCAAAUCACAUCCAGUUAUUGAAGAGUGCAAUAACCAUUUGAUCAGAUUAGGGGAUUCUCAUGCAACUUCAUCAUCAACCUCCUUAGCCCACAAGCUGAUUGGUCUUGAGGAUUUGCACCUUUGUGUUGAGAAGUUGCUUCAGUUACCCCUCACUCAACAAGCCUUUUCCCAAGGCCGCCAAGAGAAAUGGAUUGAUGAAUUAGUUGAUGGAUCUCUUAGGCUCUUGGACAUCUGCAGUGCAGCUAAGGAUGCUAUUUUGCACACAAAGGAAUGCGCACGAGAUAUUCAAUCAACCAUGCGUAGAAAAGUCAGUCUUGAGAGUGAGAUUAGAAAAUACUCUGCCUCCAGGAAAGUAGUGAAAAAGGCAAUCCAAAAGGCUUUGAUGAGUUUGAAAGGUGAUGAAUCAAAAAGCUCCAUCUCUCCUUCCAACAAAGACAGUGAAAUUACAGAUUUGGUUAGUGUUUUGAGAGAGGUGGAAGCGGUCACACUUGCUACGUUUCAGUCCUUGUUGUCCUUUAUUUCUGGACCAAAGGCACAUUUUAGGCUUGGUGGCUGGUCUGUUGUUUCCAAGCUCAUGCAAAGCAAAAGAGUUGGCUGCGAUGAAGAUGUUGUUAAUGAAUUUGCAAAGGUGGAUGCUGUCCUCUUGAGUCAUGAAACCAACAAUGCUGACCAAGCUAUGCUAGAGCUGAAGAAUCUAGAACUGUGCGUUCAAGAUUUCGAAGAAAGACUAGAAAGCUUGUUUAGGCGAUUAAUUAAAACAAGAGUUUCCAUUAUCAACAUCCUCAACAUUUAA